UCCCGAUCGCUGAGGGAGCGCGAGGCAUCACCCCCGUUGCCAGCACGACGCGCGGACUCGGCGGAAAGAGAGCUGUGUCGCUGCGCCCCGCCGCGGUUGGCUGCCAUGAGCGCGGUGCUGGACGUGCUGUGGGAGGACAGAGAUGUCCGCUUCGACAUCUCCCCGCAACAAAUGAAAAUGAGACCUGGAGAGAUCCUUAUAGACUGCUUAGAGUCUGUUGAAGAUACCAAAGGAAACAAUGGAGACAGAGGUAGACUGCUUGUGACAAAUUUGCGGAUUAUUUGGCGCUCACUGUCAUUGCCCAGAGUCAAUCUCUCUGUUGGUUACAAUUGCAUUAUAAAUAUAACUACAAGAACUGCCAACUCAAAAUUACGAGGGCAGACAGAAGCUCUGUAUAUAUUGACUAAAUGUAACAAUACCCGGUUUGAGUUCAUAUUUACCAAUGUUGUCCCCGGGAGUCCCAGACUCUUCACUUCAGUUAUUGCUGUGCACAGAGCUUAUGAAACUUCAAAAAUGUAUCGUGAUCUGAAGCUGAGAAGUGCGUUGAUUCAAAACAAGCAACUGAGAUUACUACCACAAGAACAAAUAUAUGAUAAAAUCAAUGGAGUCUGGAAUUUGUCAAGUGACCAGGGAAAUUUGGGAACAUUUUUUAUUACUAACGUGAGAAUAGUUUGGCAUGCAAAUAUGAAUGACAGCUUUAAUGUCAGCAUACCGUAUCUACAAAUCCGUUCAAUAAAAAUAAGAGACUCAAAGUUUGGCUUGGCGCUUGUGAUAGAGAGUUCUCAGCAGAGUGGAGGAUAUGUCCUUGGUUUUAAAAUAGACCCUGUGGAGAAACUACAGGAAGCAGUGAAAGAAAUUAAUUCACUUCACAGAGUUUAUUCUGCUAACCCUAUAUUUGGAGUGGAUUAUGAAAUGGAAGAAAAGCCUCAACUUCUUGAAGAUCUAACUGUGGAGCAGGUUCAAGAUGAUGUGGAAAUAGAAGCUGACGAGCAUACAGAUGCAUUUGUGGCUUACUUUGCUGAUGAAAACAAGCAACAUGAUGGGGAGCCUGUUUUUUCAGAAGAACUAGGACUUGCAAUAGAGAAGCUAAAGGAUGGAUUCACACUCCAGGGACUCUGGGAAGUAAUACCCUGAUUCAGAUUGUCACAUAUUUGUUUCUUACGCAAGGAAAGACUCUCAGUUCUUACUGGGCUUGUGGGAUCUGUAGAAGAUAAUUUAGAAAUACCAGAGUAACAGAUAAAGAACAUGCCAAAGAGUGGGCAAAUAUUGGAUGGUAUGCCCUCAGGAUAUGUCAUAAAGGAAAGAUUAUUCAAAACCCUUGUAUGUAUAAAAGUGUUGUAUUUAUUACAUUGUGUGAAGAGCUGGAGGACUACCAGUAUCUAAUGUAAGAAGGGGCAGGGCCCCAGCUGCUGGGGGAAGCCGUGCCCCCUGCAGACACUCACACAUUCCACAAACCUCAGAAGUCCAACCCUUCCUCUGGUCCCACAUCGUAAGGCCCCAAGAAGUCCCUCCUCUCUGUCAGGCUGUGAGGACCUGGAAGUCCUUUCCCAUUUUAUUUCCACUGCCAUUAUGUAAAAUGUCAUAUGCCACAUUUUCACUCUGCUUUUGAUUGGCUGACUGUGGAUUUUGACACGCUCAUACCCAGGUGUUUUCAGGCUUGUGACUGACAGGACCAGCCAUCCCAUCCUGCUUCCCCCAGAAGGUGGUCAGAGCAGGAACUCCCUUCCCCUAACAACACAGGGUCCACUGUGGUGUUUCAGACACCAUUUUAUGGCAGGUAGCCACCAUUUAUUUAUUUUUAUUUUACAACUCCAUGACCCAUGUGUUUAUAUACUGCCCUGCAAUGGGCUGCCAGGACCAGCCAACACUAGUAAUUUUACCUGCAAGUAUGUUGGAAAAGGAAGACUCCUCUUCCUCAUACAUGAAGACCACCAUUAGAGAUAGGGCAGUGUGGUUGAUAGUUUGAUGCUCAAUUUAAAGUAGUCACGUAUUUAUAUACAGUGAUGUAUUUUCCCAUAAUGAUUACAUCUAAAUCAGAGGUCCAUAACUUGUUAAAUGUUGUGCAACACAGCAAUAUUAUCAUAUGCAGAACAUUUCGUAUCUAGGCAUAUUGGUUGUGUCAUUGCAGCUGUGCUGUUACUGAAAACUUU